AUCAGGAGGCUAAUGAUGUCAUAGUGAUGUCAAUGGCCCAGACAGUGACUGCACGCUUAGCUUGUGGCUUGGGCAGCAUUGCAUGCUGACAGCAGAGAGAGACAGACAAGCUUUCAGCUCACUAUACAUGGCUGUGACUGGAGAUGAGACAGAAUCAGCCACCACUGGAGGUAUGUCCGCAUAUCAGAUUUCCUCUCCUGGACUUUCCCAGGCAAUGGACGGCUCACCCGGCUCUCUGCCAAGCCCUCAGCAGCUGACUGAGGAAGCAUCACGCAAGAGGGAACUCCGGCUGAUGAAAAACAGGACGGCGGCCAAAGAGUACAGACGCAGGAAGAAGGACUAUGUGCGGAGCUUAGAGAGGCGCAUCGCCGUCAUUGAAAACCAGAAGCAGAAAAUGCUAGAAGAGCUGGACAGUCUAAGGCAAAUGUGCGCUGGAAAGUCUGAUUCCUUUUAGACUGCUGCUAUCUGUUUUGAUUCUGUCUUACUGUAAAAUUUUGUUGUCAUAUGUGUGUUUUAUAUCUUCUGUGAAAAUUCAACAGUAGACCAGCACUGCCUAUGCUCGUUAGGCUUUUUUGAAGCUUUUGUAUCGACAAUUGGAUUAUAUAUUUCAAAUGAAAGACUUUAAGAGAAAUAUUUAAUUUAAUAUCAAAGAACCGCUAAUAUGAGUCAUUCACAAACACACCAGCUCCAAAACGGAUAUGAAUAUAGAUACUGUAUAUAUUUACUGUAAUAAAUAUAGGAUAAACAGGUAUGUAUGUUGUAUAGAUGAACAGUGUUUUUGUGUCUAAGAUAUAUUAAUCCAAAGUUCAGUCUUAAAAAAUGUAACUAAAUAUACCAAAUCUUAUAACAAAGAUGAAAUAUUGUUUGUAACAAAUAUAUUCUUGAAUCCUCCUUGGUGGUUUUUCAAGUGGCACAGUCUGUCAGAGUUUCCAUUGAGACUAUCAGCACAGUUUUAUGUUUAUCUUUAGCUUUUGUUUAAAUAAAUUAAGCUAGAUCUUAA